UCCUUUAUCCCAGUAGACACGGACCAAUUAUACCUGAUUUCCGGUCAUGCGGGGAGAGGGAUGUGGGCGUUCGGCACAUGCGCAGAUGCCUCCCCAGGGCUAGCGCAGGUCGUGGGGCUACGCAGGCGCCGGGCGGGGACUCGCGGACUGCGGAUGAUCCCCUGUCCCAAGAGUCCUCCAGAAGGCAGGUCGCCAUGUCUACAUUCAGGCAGGAAGACGUUGAGGAUCACUAUGAGAUGGGAGAAGAGCUGGGCAGGGCAAGCCUUUACUGACCCAGCUGGCUGCCAGCUCGCACAUCUCUAAGUGUCUAGAGGAAAGACUUGCAUUUCACGAUCUGGACAAUACCAGGAAAGAUCUGUCCCUGCAUUUAUGCUGAUGAGUGGCCAGUUUGCCAUCGUGCGCAAGUGCCAGCAGAAGGGCACGGGCAUGGAGUACGCGGCCAAGUUCAUCAAGAAGAGGCGCCUGCCAUCCAGCCGGCGCGGCGUGAGCCGGGAGGAGAUUGAGCGCGAGGUCAGCAUCCUGCGCGAGAUCCGCCACCCCAACAUCAUCACGCUGCACGACGUGUUCGAGAACAAGACGGACGUGGUGCUCAUCCUGGAGCUGGUGUCUGGUGGCGAACUCUUUGACUUCCUGGCCGAGAAGGAGUCGCUGACUGAGGACGAAGCCACGCAGUUCCUCAAGCAGAUCCUGGACGGAGUCCACUACCUGCACUCCAAGCGCAUAGCGCACUUCGACCUGAAGCCCGAGAACAUCAUGCUGCUGGACAAGCACGCCGCCAGCCCGCGCAUCAAGCUCAUCGACUUCGGCAUCGCACACAGGAUCGAGGCUGGCAGCGAGUUCAAGAACAUCUUCGGCACGCCUGAGUUCGUGGCCCCUGAGAUCGUCAACUACGAGCCACUGGGCUUGGAGGCUGACAUGUGGAGCAUCGGAGUCAUCACCUACAUUCUCCUGAGUGGGGCGUCCCCGUUCCUUGGGGAGACCAAGCAGGAGACCCUCACAAACAUCUCGGCGGUGAACUACGACUUUGAUGAGGAAUACUUCAGCAGCACCAGCGAGCUAGCCAAGGACUUCAUCCGAAGGCUGCUGGUCAAAGACCCCAAGAGGAGGAUGACCAUCGCGCAGAGUCUGGAGCACU